CAAGCAGGAACAUCGGUAGAGUGAAGCUAUCUAAAUGGCUGCUUGAGAUAUUUCCAACUCAGGAACAAGUUUUGUGGGAACAAACAAGCAGAAACGUCGACAGAGUGAAUCUAACGUAAUGGCUGCUUCAGCUGAUAUUUACAACUCAGCACAAAGCCAUCCUGCUACAGAGUUGAGGAUUGGGUUGAUAGGAGGAAGAUAUAAUAACCUUCUCAGUGGUAUAAGUUCAACUGGAAACAUCAUCUUGGGUCAAAAUGUUUUUGACACCAACAGAAGAACAGCUCAGAGUGAAGUGAGGCAGCAGGACGUGCUGGGCAGACGAGUCACAGUGGUUGAUACUCCAGGAUGGUGGUGGAGUUAUCCUAGAGAACAGACCCCCAAACUGGAUCAGAUGGAAAUCCAGAACAGUGUCCAUCUUUGUCCCCCAGGACCUCAUGUCUUUCUGCUGGUCAUUCCUGUUAAUUUAUAUUUACCUGAGCUUGUCAAGCAAUCACUAACGCAGCACCUGGAGCUUUUCAAUGCAGAUGUUUUCAGUCACACCAUUGUGUUGUUCACUGCCGUUGCUCCAUGUAGUGACGAAGAGAUGGAAUCCAGAAUAAGAACAAGUCCAGUCCUGCAGUGGAUUCUUCAACAAUGUGGAAACAGAAAACAUUUUCUCAACAUCAGUAACAGAGAAGAUAGAGAUCAAGUCAAGAAGCUUUUAGAGAAAAUUGAGACCCUGAUUACAAACAAUGGAUUCAGACACUGUUCUGUUGACAGAAGACAAGGAGAAGCUCUGAGAAAAGAAAUGAGAGAUUUGACUGAAAGAGCCUCAAAAAUGUUAGAUCAAGUCCAGAAACAAAGAAAGAAACUGAAGCUACAGAUUGAAGGUGGAAAAGUCCCUCCAGACCAUUUGAGAAUAGUGAUGAUUGGAGGAUCAUUGGCUGGUAAAAGCUCAACAGGAAACACCAUUCUUGAAAAAAAUAUGUUUAAUGUUGAUAAAAAGGGUUACAGAACAACAACUCGCAGUGAAAUCAGCCACAGUGUGGUUGAAGGAAGGCGGCUCACAGUGGUCGAUUCUCCUGGUUGGUUCUGCUUUAACACCCUUCAGGAAACCAGUGAGAUGGAUAAACUGGAAAUAGAGAACAGUGUGAAUCUGUGUCCUCCAGGACCACAUGCUGUGCUGCUGACAGAGAGAGUGUGGAGACACUGCAUGGUGCUGUUUACCUGGGGAGACUGGAUCAAUGGCCUCCCUGUAGAGAAUUACAUCGUCAGAGAGGGAAAGCAGCUCCAGGAGCUUCUGGAGAAAUGUGGGAACAGAUACCAUGUUCUAAACCCUAAUUGUUCUGAUUAUUCUGUUCAAGUCCAAGAAUUGUUCCAAAAAAUGAUUGACAUGGUAACUCAUAACAAGGGAAUCUUCACAACUGAAGGCAAACAAAAUAAAUUUCAGGUACUUCCCUGGCAAAAACAACAAAUAGAAGAAGAAUGGAACAGGAGAGAGCAGGAGCUGGUAGAGCGAGUGUUGAAGGUUUUAGCACAAGAACCAGAGGAACCAACAGUGCCUUAUGUGAGAACAGCACAGAGCAUGGAUGACUUUCACGUUCCUUACAUGAGUGGAGAUGUUUUAUCAGAAUACGGAAGCAUUCCUGAGUUCAUGAAACGACGAGGACAUGACCACAUCACUGAAUGGCUGAAUAACAGAGCGAGACUGUCUGAGAUCAGCUCUGGGAUCGGCAGCAUUUGUUUUUCAGCUACUGAUACUGAAGUAUCUGAGAGUCCUCUGAGAAAUGCGAAUCUGGCAAAUUUGUACUUAUUCUCUCCGAAGAGCAAAGAUGGAAAACAAACAAAAGAUUACACUCAGGAAGUCCUGUUCCAACUAAGGCAAUAAGAUCUGACAAAAACAUAGAACCACAUGGGAAGC